ACCCACCAAUGGUUUAGAGGGGUGUAGAGGGUUACGUGGGUUGGGGGUGCAUAUAGGAAAAAGGCGAAAAGACAAACACAAACAGAAGAAGAAGAAAAAGUUUAGUUGUGAGGACUGGAAUUUUUCUUUUUUUGUAUGAUUUGUUGUAUUGUUUGGUUGUAACCAAUCACUCUGUUUUGGCUAUAAACCAUCAUUGUCCACACGUACAGCUUUAUUACUUACUACUACAAACCAUUUCAAAGUUUCAAUCUUUGAUCUCUUUUUUGAGUUCUUGGAUUCAUUUAGGCAAUUGGGUUUUCUGGGGUUUUGAGAAAGAUUCAAGAAAGUGAACUUUUUUGUGUGUUUUGGAUUUAUUGAGGCAAUUGGGGUUUAUGGGGUUUUGAGAAAGAUUCAAAAAAGUGAACUUUUUUGUGUGUUUGGAUUUAUUGAAGCAAUUGGGGUUUAUGGGGUUUUGAGAAAUAUUCAAGAAAGUGAUUUGUUUUUGUGUGUUUUGUAGUAAAGUUUUGAACUUUUUUGUCUGGGAUUCUUGAUUUUGGGGUGCAAUCUUUUUUUUUGUGGGGUUCAAGAAAAUGACUGUGGAAGAAAUUAGAGGGAAUAUGAGUGGUGGUGAAAGGGGAAAUAGUUAUGAUAAUUUCCCAAUUGGUAUGAGGGUUCUUGCUGUUGAUGAUGACCCUACUUGUUUGAAACUUUUGGAUGGUUUGCUCAGAAAAUGCCAGUAUCAGGUAACUACAACAAGUCAGGCACGGAUGGCAUUGAAGAUGUUGAGGGAGAAUAGAGAUAGAUUUGAUUUGGUAAUCAGUGAUGUUUACAUGCCUGAUAUGGAUGGCUUUAAACUUCUUGAACAUGUUGGUCUUGAGAUGGAUCUUCCAGUUAUAAUGUUGUCUGCAAACAGCGAUACCAAACUUGUAAUGAAGGGAAUCAGUCAUGGUGCUUGUGACUAUCUGGUGAAACCUGUUCGAAUUGAGGAGUUAAGGAACAUAUGGCAACAUGUGAUCAGAAGAAAGAAGGUUGAGCCUAAGAGCCAGAGCAAGUCUAAUGAUCAAGACAAAUCUUAUCAGGGAAGUGGAGAAAGUGGUCGAGGGCAAUCACCAACAGGUAAUGCAGAUCAAAAUGGAAAAUGUAACAAGAAAAGGAAGGAUGAAGAAGAUGAGAACGAUGAAAAUGGAAAUGACAAUGAAGAUCCAACAACUCAGAAGAGAGCUCGUGUCGUUUGGUCCAUAGAGCUUCACAGGAAGUUUGUUGCAGCUGUUGGUCAGUUGGGCAUCGAAAAAGCUGUCCCCAAGAGGAUUCUUGACUUGAUGAAUGUUGACGGGCUUACAAGAGAAAAUGUGGCAAGCCAUCUCCAGAAGUAUAGGCUUUACUUGAAAAGGAUCAAUUCAGUACAAACCCAACAAGCCAACAUGGUUGCUGCAUUAGGAGGAAGGGACUACGUGCGAAUGGGCUCACUGGAUGGGCUUGGAGAUUUUCGAACAUUGGGUGGAUCAGGACGGUAUACUCAUGCUGCCUUGUCAUCGUACAGUUCAGGGGGCAUGCUUGGCAGACUAAAUAGUGCUGCUGGUCUAAGCGUUCGCAACCUGGCAGCAUCUCAGCUACUCCAACCUAGUCAUGGUCAAAAUCUGAACAAUUCUGUUAAUGCUUUCACAAAACUGAAUCCAAACAUUCCGCCUGCUAGCCAGAAUGCUAGUUUAUUUCAAGGCAUUCCUGCAUCAUUGGAGCUUGAUCAAUUGCAGCAGAGUAAGUCCUCGGCACAUAUUCCUUUGGAUGAGUCUAGGCUGCUUACAGCUGAUAUGCUCGGUUGCUCGCAUAACUCCUUAUCCAAUGUUCCAAAUAAUUCGAUGUUGCUUCAAGGGAAUCCCCAGCAACCACUGACUGGGGAAGGAUUUGGAAAUCAGCACUCUCCAAACAUGACUCAGUUUAGCUCAGACUCAUUCAAUAGCGGUGUUAAUGAGAACUGGCAAAAUUCUGCUCAGUUAUCGAAGUUCCAGUCAAGUUCUUUCCCAUUGACCGAAUCCUUCAUUAACAGCCAUUUGCCUCAAAAUAGCGUAAGAGAAGCUGCGACUCAUUUACAGAGCAGCUCUCUUGAUUUUACUUCCACCACCUCAGUUUCUCCUCAUUUCGAAGAUUCAAGGGGAGAAAUCCAAUACCGUCAAAGUAUGGCUGGUGCUGUUCAGAGUAUGAAUCAAACACCGUCUCAAGCAUGGGCCGAUAAACAACAUUAUUCCCACAACUCAAAUAAUACUUUCGACAAUAACUUAAGUUCUCAGGUUCCCAACAAUGGUAGCAUGGCUUCUUUAAGCCAUAGUAUGAACCAAAGCAAUGAGAACUUCGGCAGAAGGAUGGACAUGUCAUUGAUUGGUAGAUCGAGUGGAGGUUCUUCAACACUCGUGCAGCACACCGAGCAUGAAAAGUUGACCCCAGAUUCAAGGACAAGGUCAAAUGAAGACUACCUCUUGGAGCCAACAAAGCAACAAGUUAGCUUUAGUCCACAAGGCUAUGACUCCCUGGAUGAUCUAAUGACUGCAAUGAAACGGAGGGUAUGAUGACAUAUAUUUGCUUCACCAACAAUAACAACCGAUACCACAAAAAGCGGGGCUAAAUCAAAUGUCUCUGUUGGCUAUCUCUUCCUAUAGCUUCUUGGGAUUAAACAUUGUUUCCCCUUGAGGAUUCUUCUGGCACUAAAUCUGAUGUCAAUAAGGUGCAUACUUAUAUCGACCUGUACACCUAUAUGAAACUAUAGUCAAUGUCUAUUGUGUUCUUCUACUUCAGAGUUCGUUGUUUACUUCAUCUCUUUUCAAGUUGAAUAACUCUUAUUAUUUCAAAAGCAGUAGACUUUUCAACUAUUUUUGCUCUUGCUAGUGUCCCCAGCAAUUCUUGAAUUUCUUGCAAUAUGAGGUUGAAUGCCAUGCCUCUUAUUUGUAUACACCGCAUCAGUCCAAUCACCACUAAUCUUAGGU